AUGCCAGUGACCAAUUCAAAAGUAUUCGCAGUAAUCACAGGUGCCAGUCGUGGAAUUGGAAAAGAGAUUGCCGUACAGCUGUCGAGAAAAGUUGCUGCCGGAUCUGUGUUUCUGAUAACAGCACGUCAGUUGGCACUUCUGCAGCAAGUAAAAACUGAGAUUCUGAUGAAUAAUGCUCAGCUGGAUGUGCACGUUGUUGUCGCUGAUGCGGCUUAUCUGACCGAUGAGAAGUUGGCUGAAUUUGGUGACGUUUUAUCAGGAGCGAUCCCGAAAGGAACUCACUUCGAUACGUUGAUAAUGGUGCAUAAUGCUGGCACAAUAGGUGAUCUAUCAAAAAAAGCACAAGAAAUAAGCACAUCAAAGGAAUGGCACGACUUUCUGCAAAUCAAUCUUAUUGCCAUGAUCCAAAUCAAUAAUCUUGUCUUAUCUAAACUUACCAAAGAGUAUGCCGUCGACAAAUUUCAGCUGGUCAAACAACGAUUGAUUGUGAAUAUUACAUCGCUGAUGUCAGUCCAAGCAGUUCCUUCGCUCUCACAGGUUUGUUUUCUCUCGAGUUCAUCUUCAGUCACAUAUAAGCAGUAUUCACAUCACCUUUUCAGUCACAGCUGUCAAAAAUUUCAGUAUUCGGUAGCGAAGGCUGCUCGUGAAGCUUUCUUCCGUUCGUUGGCUGUCGAAGAUCCAUCUCUAAGGAUUCUUUCAUAUUCACCUGGACCAGUUCAAACAGACAUGUAUGAAGACAUCUUGCAAAAUUCAUACGAUGAGGGUGUGCGCAAUAUGUUCCAGCACCGUGAUCCCGUGGUAAUUUUGACUUAUACUUCAUUAUUCAUUUGCUUUACGCAUGACUUUGCUGAUGAAGAGGUCUCCCGAAAACUUCUCGAGCCCAAAGAAACAGUGUCGAAGAUGUUCUCAAUCAUCGAGAAAGAUCAGUACGAAAGUGGUGCUCGAGUUGAUUAUUUUGAUGUCGACGUUGCUCCCGAAAAAGAAUAA